UUCAUAUUGUAUGUUUGCUGUCUCUCAAGAUCAAAUUGCUAGCUAAACUCAAAGCAAUAAGAAGCCUUGUUGCGACGAGAUUCCAAACGUAAGAACAAGGUUCGACUCAAUUUAGUAGACUUACGCGUCACGCAACACCCCAAAGUAUCCGAGUGGUGUAUCCACUUAUUUGAUUCCUGGACAAUUUCUUUGUUUUAUUAGAAUUAAUCAAAAUGAUCGAAUUGGAGUCCCUGGCACCAUUCGGAUGUUCCCUCUGAAAUCCACCAAUGCUUAAGCCGAGUUGACACGGAAAUCUAAAGGAAAUAUAAACAGCGGUAGCAUGUCCUUGCUCAGUUUCUAGGAUCACAGGGACAAGAAAAUGCUGUCGACUCAUUUUCCCGGACAGGCGAAUUUGGGCGGGUUCCACAGCAUUGACGCUUUGCUGGGAAUCCGAGAGGAGAUGCGGAAUAGUUACGUCUGUCAGGAUCCCAGAGGCAGGGUCCUGCCAGAGAACACCCGAGUCCACGACCCCGGGGCCGGACCAGGUAACGAGAUGAAACUUCAUAAAAAUUUUGAGGGCAAGAAGUCUGGAAAAACGGACAAGGAAUCGGAGCUUCGCAAGAAAACGAGACGAAAUCGAACAACAUUCACCACGUACCAGCUGCACGAGCUGGAGAGGGCAUUCGAAAAGUCGCACUACCCGGAUGUAUACAGUCGCGAGGAACUGGCCAUGAAGAUUGACCUGCCGGAAGUCCGUGUGCAGGUAUGGUUCCAAAACCGGCGAGCAAAGUGGAGACGUCAAGAUAAACUGGAGAAUACAACGCUCAGAAUCAAUGAUGAAUUCCCUUCCGGUUUUAUUUCCAAAAAAUCAAGUGUUGCCUUUGGGUCUCCCCUACCGUUGGAUCCUUGGAUGACGUCGUCAGUGAAAAAUUCAGAAUCUGGGAGUGUGACGUCAAUAGCACCAGAAAGUUGCAUUGCGUCGUAUCCGAUGUUUGCUACUCCGUUCUCACAUCCGGGCAACACAAUGAAUAAUUCGUACCGAGGAUUCCCCGGGGUCCUCGGAAAUUGUCCUAAAAUCUCAGACUUCGAUCCUAGGAAUUCUAGCAUUGUGUCUUUAAGGAUGAAAGCCAAAGAACAUGUGCACUGUGUUGAUAAGAAGUACUGAAAUACACAAUAUAGACUGACUCAAUAUAUGUUACAUGUAUAUUCAUGUUCUAUCGUAUCAUAAUAUAGUAUCAUCAUUUUACUGAGGUUUUUCUCCCAUUAAGGUAGACACUGAUGAUGACUGUUUGCUUUCGUUGUGUAAUAUAAGCUCUGAAUAAAUCACUACUUAUUACCUUAAGGUCAUUUGUGUCACCUUAAUAGAUUGUUGUUUUUCUUUCCUCGGCGAUGUCUGAGCAUUUAAAUAGAUUUAAGGCAUUUUCCUUUGAAUAUCUAGGUAGAAAGAGCGAGGCUCUAGUACAUGUACAAAUGUACAUUUAUGUAUAAUGAACGAAAUCAAAAAUUCUGAACAAAAAUUGCUAAAGGUAUAAAGUUUUAUCUGAGAAUUUUUAAAAGACAAAAUUGUUGAUAACCCGGUUCUCUCAGGUAGCUUGUAUCUUUCCUUCUAUUGCAAUGUGUUUAAUUU